ACUCCGCUGUUCACCUGCUGGAGGGAGAGAUCUCCUCCAACUCCGCGACUCCUGCACAACAUGAUGGACAUACCAAAGACAGCAAAACGGGAAGAAGGUUUAUGGGUCUGAUCUAAGCCCCUUCCUCCUCAUCUCUAUAAAGUGAUGAACCCAGUGAUCAGUCAGUCAUCUGAUCUCCAUCAACUCUGGGUCUUACAGAGCUCUCCAUGAGACAUGGUGCUACCUGACAAAACCUCCAGACCAUCUGCCUCCAAGAAGGUCCCCAAGCAGCGGGCCCUGGGGCACCAGAGCCUUCCCUCCCCAGCCCUGUGCUGCGCCUGUGGCCUGUGCAUCAUGCUGGCUGGCAUCAACAUCACCCUGGUGGGAGCCUUUGCCUUUGGCACCUUCGUCCCUACUGGCAACCCCCCCAUCAUCAUCGGGCCUCUCCUUCUAUUGAUAGCCCUGGCCUUCUUCACAGCGUGCUGCGUGGUCAGCAGGAGGCCCCCAGCCCACAUGGCCCGCACGGCCAAAGGAGGUGAGAAGUGGGGGCUGAUGCGAAUGGGGACGGCAGCGUUUGAGAUGGAGACCAGCGAGCACACGCUGCAGGACACCACCGCUGUCCAGCUCAGCCCCACCAACUCCCCCUCCACCUCUCACAAGUCCAGCUCCAGCCACGGGGGCGAUGCUGCUCCUCCGCCUGCUGGCUGCCAGGAUGGAGCCGGUGAGCUGCAUGUGUCAGAGAUGUCUGACAUGGGUGUCACUGGAGAUAACACCACCUUGAUCUCUGACAGCAAGGCCAUCACUGCCACACAGAUGCUGCCUGCUUUGAACACUUCCUCUACGUAGCGUGGACUCUCCUCUGCAGCCCAGCUGUUUGCUUCAGUGUUUUGAUGUUUACACGAUGGAAAUGUUUAGUGUGAUUGCCAACACUGAUUGGCAUGUUUAAAA